GGCGUUGUUCGCUGUGGACAAAAUGGCGAAGAUCGCCAAGACCCACGAAGAUAUUGAAGCACAAAUUCGAGAAAUUCAAGGAAAAAAGCCUGCUCUUGAUGAAGCACAGGGAGUAGGCCUUGAUUCCACAGGAUAUUACGAUCAAGAAAUUUAUGGUGGCAGUGACAGCAGGUUUGCUGGAUAUGUCACUUCUAUUGCAGCAACUGAAUUGGAAGAUGAUGAUGAUGACUACCCUUCUACAAGUUUGCUUGGCCAGAAGAAGCCAGGGUACCAUGCUCCAGUGGCAUUGCUUAAUGACAUACCACAGUCUACUGAACAGUAUGAUCCUUUUGCAGAGCACCGUCCUCAAAAGAUUGCAGAUCGGGAAGAUGAGUACAAAAAGCACAGGCGGAUGAUGAUAAUUUCUCCUGAGCGUCUUGAUCCUUUUGCAGAUGGUAGAAGGACAAGAAAAUAAUGAGCCAUUGCCAUAGAAACACAAAGGGUUAAAGGUUUCUCUUUUCAUUUUGUUUUGGGUUGUGCGUUAUACUUUGAACAGCUUGUGUUUUGAGUGCUCAUAUUCUUUCAGUACCUUGAAAGUUUUCAUUCCGAUUCAGAGAUUUACAGGGUUACUGCUUUUGAAAUGCUAGUUCUCAAAAUAGAGCACCUAAUUCUUACCAUCCUAUGUAAACUUAGGUGGUAUAACUAAAAGAAACAAAAGCAAAUAUGAGACUUUGAUACUAUUAAUAGUUCAAGUCUAUUCUGAUAAUUUUAGAAUGGAAGUCAGGAAAAGGGGUAUUAGUGGGUCUUCAGGUGAUUGAGUUUCACGUGUGGCAAUGAGGUGCCUGUUGGCUUAAAAUCAGUAGCUGUUUUGCAGGUUUUACAAAUGAGAAUUUCAGCCUGCAUGAAUUAAUAGGGAUAUUAAUUAUUUUACUUGCUUAAUUGUAAUUGAUAUAAACAUGUGUUGUCAGAAUUCACAGGCCCAUACUAACUGUCCUUAAUUUCUUUCCUACAGCAGUACUGCUAUAUGCCAGUCCUGUCUGCAUUCUUAAGGGUGCAGUUCAACACAUCCUGUGUAGAUUAUGGUGAAAAAGUAUUCCAAAGGAAGGUCCUAUCAAAGCUAGUGUCAGAAUGACACAGCCAAUUGGGCAAUGAUCUUCAGCAUAGAAAUGUUUAAGAGUGUGUUAUUUUCCCUAAAUCAUAAUGCUAUACCACUUGUAUGGCAAAUCUGCACAUUUUUCUUAAACAAAAGUGUUUUCCUUGACAAGUCUUAAUUUUUAUAAAGUUGGGCUUCUUGUAAAGUAUUUAAAAGUUUACUUAACGCAAGAUACACAGCAUAAAACAACAUAUGGUGUACAAAACCCAUUACCUGUGAGUAUCAUUGUGGUGGUAUGUGUACUGUAUUGCAGUCAGCUCCCAAUCACAAUUGUCCCUUGAGAAGAGGAGCGGGGGAAAGUGUCAUCAAGCAGGUUUUUCAUGGGUUUUUUGUUUUGGGUUUUGUUUGGGUGUUUGGUUUUUUUUCAAUGAAGCCCUUUUACCAUAUGACACUAGAAGAUCUGGGAGAUGUGUCCAGAUUUGUCAAACUUAGAAAUGGGUCUUUAUGCUAAAACAUUUUAAACGUUACUUAGGUAUGCGAUAGUUAUUUGUAGUCAGAUAACAACUAGGAUUUAACAGCUUACACAAGGUAAUGUUUUGAAUAUAAAUAUCUUUCCAAAGUGUUACUAAUGGUAAAGAGAUAAUUUUCUAGGCUUCUAUUCUGCUGCUUGAAGUCAGAACUGCUGAUGGAGACAAAGGCACGAAAGUGAGGGAAGACACCAGACCCUAAAAUGAAUGCCAGAACAUACAUGGAUGUUAUGCGUGAACAGCAUUUAACAAAGGAAGAGAGGGAAAUUAGGCAACAACUAGCUGAAAAAGCUAAAGCUGGAGAGCUUAAGGUCGUCAAUGGAGCUGCAUCUCAGCCACCUUCAAAACGCAAACGGCGUUGGGAUCAGACAGCUGAUCAGACUCCUGGUGCUACGCCUAAAAAGUUAUCCAGUUGGGAUCAAGCAGAGACUCCUGGACAUACACCUUCUCUGCGAUGGGAUGAAACUCCAGGCCGUGCAAAGGGUAGCGAAACUCCUGGUGCCACCCCAGGCUCAAAAAUAUGGGAUCCGACUCCCAGUCAUACACCAGCAGGAGCUGCAACACCCGGUCGGGACACGCCUGGUCAUGCAACACCAGGCCACGGAGGGGCCACUUCCAGCGCACGUAAAAAUCGAUGGGAUGAAACACCUAAAACAGAAAGAGAUACUCCGGGACAUGGCAGUGGAUGGGCUGAGACGCCUCGUACAGAUAGAGGUGGUGAUUCCAUUGGUGAGACACCAACCCCAGGAGCAAGUAAAAGGAAGUCACGAUGGGAUGAAACACCUGCUAGCCAGAUGGGUGGCAGCACUCCUGUUCUGACACCUGGCAAAACACCCAUUGGUACCCCAGCCAUGAACAUGGCAACUCCUACACCAGGUCAUAUCAUGAGCAUGACUCCUGAACAGCUGCAGGCUUGGCGUUGGGAAAGGGAAAUUGAUGAGAGAAACAGACCACUUUCUGAUGAAGAAUUGGAUGCUAUGUUUCCAGAAGGAUAUAAGGUUCUUCCCCCACCAGCUGGUUAUGUACCUAUUCGCACCCCAGCUCGGAAGCUUACAGCAACUCCAACACCUUUGGGUGGUAUGACUGGAUUCCACAUGCAGACAGAAGACCGGACUAUGAAAAGUGUUAAUGACCAGCCAUCUGGCAAUCUCCCAUUCCUGAAACCAGAUGAUAUCCAGUACUUCGAUAAACUGCUGGUUGAUGUUGAUGAAUCAACUCUGAGUCCUGAAGAACAGAAGGAGAGAAAAAUAAUGAAAUUACUUCUGAAAAUAAAGAAUGGCACACCUCCCAUGAGAAAGGCUGCGUUGCGACAAAUUACUGAUAAAGCUCGAGAGUUUGGAGCAGGGCCGCUGUUUAAUCAGAUCCUGCCUCUGCUGAUGUCCCCAACUCUUGAAGAUCAGGAGCGUCACUUGCUUGUCAAAGUCAUCGACAGAAUUCUUUACAAACUGGAUGACUUGGUCCGACCAUAUGUACACAAGAUCCUUGUUGUCAUUGAACCACUGCUGAUUGAUGAAGACUACUAUGCUAGAGUGGAAGGCAGAGAAAUUAUUUCAAACUUGGCUAAGGCUGCUGGAUUGGCAACAAUGAUCUCCACAAUGCGACCCGAUAUUGAUAAUAUGGAUGAAUAUGUCAGAAAUACAACAGCCCGAGCCUUUGCUGUUGUUGCCUCUGCUUUGGGCAUUCCUUCUCUGUUACCAUUCUUGAAAGCUGUCUGUAAAAGCAAGAAAUCCUGGCAGGCUAGGCAUACCGGCAUCAAGAUUGUACAGCAGAUUGCUAUUCUUAUGGGUUGUGCUAUCUUGCCUCAUCUCAGGAGCUUGGUUGAAAUUAUUGAACAUGGUCUGGUGGAUGAGCAGCAGAAAGUCCGCACCAUCAGUGCUUUGGCUAUCGCUGCUUUGGCUGAGGCAGCUACUCCCUAUGGUAUCGAGUCAUUUGAUUCUGUUCUGAAGCCUUUAUGGAAGGGUAUACGUCAGCACAGAGGAAAGGGUUUGGCUGCCUUUCUGAAGGCUAUUGGUUACCUGAUUCCACUCAUGGAUGCUGAGUAUGCAAACUAUUAUACCAGAGAAGUCAUGCUAAUCCUUAUCAGAGAGUUCCAGUCUCCUGAUGAAGAGAUGAAAAAAAUUGUGUUGAAGGUGGUAAAGCAGUGUUGUGGUACGGAUGGUGUUGAAGCAAAUUACAUUAAAACAGAAAUCUUGCCACCUUUCUUCAAACACUUCUGGCAGCACAGAAUGGCAUUGGACAGAAGGAAUUACAGACAGUUGGUUGAUACAACUGUGGAGCUGGCAAACAAAGUUGGAGCAGCAGAAAUAAUUUCCAGAAUUGUGGAUGAUCUGAAAGAUGAGGCUGAGCAGUACAGAAAAAUGGUCAUGGAAACAAUUGAGAAGAUCAUGGGAAAUCUGGGGGCAGCAGACAUCGAUCAUAAGCUGGAAGAACAACUUAUUGAUGGUAUCUUGUACGCCUUUCAGGAACAGACCACAGAGGAUUCUGUGAUGCUGAAUGGCUUUGGCACAGUGGUUAAUGCUCUAGGCAAAAGAGUGAAACCCUAUUUGCCGCAAAUCUGUGGUACAGUUUUGUGGCGUUUGAACAACAAGUCAGCUAAAGUUCGGCAGCAGGCUGCUGACCUGAUCUCUCGUACCGCAGUUGUCAUGAAGACUUGUCAAGAGGAAAAACUGAUGGGACACUUGGGUGUUGUGUUGUAUGAGUACCUGGGUGAGGAAUAUCCUGAAGUACUGGGCAGCAUACUCGGAGCACUUAAAGCUAUCGUGAAUGUUAUAGGUAUGCACAAGAUGACACCACCAAUCAAAGAUCUGCUGCCACGGCUUACACCUAUUUUGAAGAACAGACAUGAGAAAGUACAGGAAAAUUGUAUUGAUCUUGUUGGGCGUAUUGCAGACAGAGGUGCAGAGUAUGUUUCUGCAAGAGAAUGGAUGAGGAUCUGCUUUGAACUGCUCGAAUUAUUAAAAGCUCACAAGAAAGCCAUCCGAAGAGCCACAGUGAACACUUUUGGUUAUAUUGCAAAAGCUAUUGGACCUCACGAUGUAUUGGCUACACUGCUAAAUAACUUGAAAGUACAGGAAAGGCAGAACAGAGUAUGUACUACAGUAGCAAUUGCUAUUGUAGCUGAAACAUGCUCACCUUUCACAGUGCUGCCCGCGCUCAUGAAUGAGUACAGAGUUCCAGAACUGAAUGUCCAGAAUGGUGUAUUAAAAUCUCUUUCCUUCCUGUUUGAAUACAUUGGAGAGAUGGGAAAAGAUUACAUUUAUGCUGUUACACCAUUGCUUGAAGAUGCUUUAAUGGACAGGGAUCUUGUACACAGACAGACCGCCAGUGCUGUGGUGCAACAUAUGUCUCUUGGUGUUUAUGGGUUCGGCUGUGAAGAUUCUCUUAACCAUUUGCUAAACUACGUAUGGCCUAACGUGUUUGAAACCUCUCCUCACGUCAUUCAGGCAGUUAUGGGGGCUCUGGAGGGCCUCAGAGUUGCCAUUGGUCCCUGCAGAAUGUUGCAGUAUUGUUUACAGGGUUUGUUUCACCCUGCCAGGAAAGUCAGAGACGUUUAUUGGAAGAUCUAUAAUUCGAUCUACAUAGGAUCACAGGAUGCUCUGAUAGCACAUUAUCCACGAAUCUAUAAUGAUGAAAAGAACACCUAUAUUCGUUAUGAACUUGAUUACAUCUUAUAAUCUUCUUGUUCAGUUGUUUGUGUUUCAUGCACAGCUGUUCUUCAAUUAAACGCUUCAGAUUUGAUGAUGUAAUAUUUUAAAGUAUUGGAGAUCAGUCUAGAGCUGGUCAGAGGCAGAGCUAGGGUUCCAGUAGCAUGAUUUUUUAAAUAUGUCCUUGUUUUUUGAUGUUAAACAGUUAAAGCCGGUAGUGACCAAGAAAAAACCAAGUGAUUAUGAUGUACUGGAGGGAUUUCAUUUUGGAUUCAUCUUUAUGAAGAUUUAGAUUUCAUUCCUUGUGUUUAAAGGGGAAGUUUAUUUGAGAAAUAAACAUUUGUGUAUAAAAAAUAAUUUGUGUGUGGUUUUUGGACAGAGGGGCUUGUAAAACGAGUCCCUUUGGAAUUAAGUAUUUGUUCAUGUAAUAAAUAGGUGGCAUCGAACAUUUUAACCCUUUUUGUCAUCCUCUAGCUUUUGAAUAAAUAAGAAAAACUUACAAACUGUA